AGGAGGAGGGGUGGAGACACAGAGGAGGGCAGGGUGUGUUUUUCUCUGUCACUGCAGCAUCCUUGCAGAACAGCCUAAACACCACUCCCUCAUUGGAGGGACAGAAAACCGAGAGUGUGCACUCAGGAACAGAGACAGAGCUUGGAUAAAAGAGGUAAAACACAGAAGAACACCGCAACAGCAGGAGAGAAGAACCAAAGAGAAAUAGAGAAGUGACGGCACCUGCGAGAUUGACAGCCGGCAGACAGUGACACACUGACAGACACGUCAACACACACACACACACACCUCUGUCAGCUUGAAAAACGCAUCAGAGGGUGAGAGCAGGAGUCCUGGGUGUGUGUUCCUGUGGUUGAGGGUUGUGUGAGUUGAUGGGAGAGUAAGAGAUGUGUGUUGACCAGCAUCAGAGGGGCAGAAGCCCCCCUGCCCGGCCCCCUCUUCUCCUCCUCCUGUUCCUUUCCUCAUCUUGUCUUGGGGCCAUCAGCAUCCCCAAGAACUAUAAAGUACAGAACAUGCUGCAGCCUCCUGUACUGACAGAACUGCCUAAGUCCCUAACUGCCUUCUCAUUGGAUGAUGUGACUCUGCCCUGCGAGGCCACUGGCACCCCCACACCCAGUUUCCGCUGGACAAGAGACGGUUUGGAGUUGAAGACGAAAUACGAGGGUUCCGGAACCUUCACACCGCAUGAUGACAAGCCACUCAGUAGUUACCAAGGAAACUACCGUUGCUACGCCAACAACGACCUGGGCACCGCCAUGACACACACCAUUAGACUCAUCACUGAACUGACCCCAACCCUCCCAAAACAGAAGAGGAUUCGUCUGAAGGUAGAUGAAGGGGCUCAUGUUGUUCUCCACUGCAACCCCCCCCAGAGCUCCACCCCUCCUGAAAUCCAUUGGAUGGAUAGAAAACUGAACCACAUCAUGCAGAGUGAACGAGUCAUCAGAGGUCUGGAUGGAAAUCUCUACUUCGCCAACGUGUUGAAGGGCGACAGUCGUGAUGAUUACACCUGUAACGCUCAUUACAGUGAAGCCAGGACCAUCCUGCCCAAAGAACCCAUCUCCCUCACUGUCAUUUCUAGUAAUGAUGAGGUUCGUGGUCGGAAGCCCCAGUUGAUGCAGCCUCAGGGUCAGCACAGCUCUCACCUGGCCCUCAGGGGUCACCAUCUGGUCCUGGAGUGUAUACCUCGAGGACUUCCGACUCCUCUGGUGAAGUGGAGACAUAAGGAUGUUGCUCUGGCAGAGUCAGGUGCUGAGGAGAAGCAUCAUGGGAGGUGGCUGGAGUUCAAGAGUAUUACCCAGAAGGCCGAUGGGGAGUAUGAGUGUGUGUCUUCAAACACACAUGGAUCCAUCAAACACUCCUACACCGUCACUGUGGAAGCGGAGCCGUACUGGGUGAAGGAGCCCCAGUCCUUGCUGUACGCCCCAGGGGAGACGGUAAGGCUGGACUGUCAGGCAGAGGGGGUACCCACACCCACUGUCACAUGGAGCAUGAACGGAGAGCCUAUCAAAGAUCUAGACAGUGAUUUCAGGCGGAACGUGAGCAGAGGAGUGUUGAUACUCACAGACGUGACCUUCACUGACACGGCUGUGUAUCAGUGUGAAGCCACCAACAGACAUGGAACCAUCCUGAUCAACACUUUCAUCUAUGUCAUUGAGCUGCCUGCUCAGAUCUUGUCAUCUGAUGGGGUGGUGUAUCGGAUUACAGAAGGGGGUGUGGUCAGAAUGCACUGUGAUGCUUUCGGGUCACCCCGCCCACAAGUCACAUGGGACACUGCGGAUCCCCAGAAUGUGUUGCUGUCAGACAGUCGGGUGUCACAGCUGACCAACGGGACAAUAGAAUUGUUUAACGCCAGCAGAGAAGACGUGGGGAUCUACACCUGCUCCAUCACACAGUCCAACAUCUCCAUCACCGCUCAUCUGGAGGUCCUCAACCGUACGGUGAUGCUGAUUGGUCCCCAAGAUGUGAAGGUUAAAAGAGGAGGAGACUCCUGGUUGGACUGUUAUGUCAGCCAUGACCUCCAGAUAAAUCAUCUGAAGAUCACGUGGAAGAAAGACAACCUCAAUAUUGUGGAGUCUUCACCAGAUGACAAAUACACUAUCUUCAAGAAUGGAACCCUGAGAGUGACUGACAUCCAUUCAGGAGAUGGUGGGCGUUACUCAUGUGAGGUCAUCACUGAACUGGACCGGGUUUCGGCCAGUGGCUCCAUCACAGUAGUGGCCCGUCCUGAUCCUCCAACAUCUGUGUCUCUGUCAGACCUGACAGACCAGCGCCACCAACUCCGCUGGACUCCUGGACACACACACAACUCCCCGACCACUGAGUUUGUGGUGGAGAUGUGGGAGAAGAAAAACUCUUCAGAGACCGUAAAGUGGGAGGAGUUUCGCCGUGUGAAUGGAGACAUCCAUCACCUUGAAUUGUCCCUCCUCCCAGACUUAACCUAUCAAUUCCGGGUCAGCGGGGUCAACGACCUGGGAAAAAGCAAUCCGUCUGAGCCCUCUGAAUCCUACAGACACCCACCUGCAGUUCCUGACAGAAACCCUGAAGACGUACGUAGUGUAUCUAAUGAGACUGGAAAACUGCUCAUCACGUGGAAGGAGAUGGAUGACAGAUAUUUCUACGGGUCAGGGUUCCUGUACAAGGUGUCAUGGCGACAGGCGCAUGGGCGGGAGCCACACUGGCACCACGCCUUCGUGAGAAAGCCCCCCCACUCGGUGAAUGGGGUGGGAACAUUCUCAUCCUAUGAUAUUAAGGUUCAGGCUGUCAACUCUCUGGGGGAGGGGCCUCACCCGAUCACCAAAACUGGACAUUCUGGAGAGGACAAACCUCUGGACAGCGUGUCUAACAUCAGUAUUUCAGUAGUCAACAACUCGGCCAAAGUUCGCUGGCAGCCUGUGGACCCACACAUGGUACAGGGCCAUCUCCUAGGACACAAGAUAUAUGUGAAGAGGUUGGGCUCCAAGCGAGGAAGACAGCGCAGAGCGAUGGAGUGGAGGGAGGAGAAAGACAGGGAGGGAGGGGUGGAACGAGGAACUGAACGAGAGGAAGAUAGGAGGGUGUUGGUGGUGAACGGGAGCAUGACAGAGGUGGAGUUAACGGGGCUCACACUCUAUUCGGUGUAUGAGCUGUCAAUCACUGUCUUCAACAGCAUGGGGGAAGGGCCUCACUCCCCAAAACAUUCCUUCAGCACACCAGAAGGAGCUCCUGGUCCUCCUGCAUCUCUGGAUUUUGAGAGUCCAUCAGAGACGGAGUUAAUUCUCCGCUGGACCCCCCCCACCCAGCCCAAUGGACAAAUACUGGAAUAUAUACUGCAGUACCAACAGAUUUCAGAGAGCGGAGACAGUCCGCUGAAGAUAUUGAUGAUCCCAGACUGGGCUGUGACCCAGAUCCUGGUGGCUGGUCUGGAGCCUCACAGUAGCUAUGUGUUCUAUUUGAGUGGACGUACGGCCGCUGGACGGGGACCCGCUAUCAAACGGGAGGGCGCCACCCUGCUGGAUGGAGAAAAGCGACUGCUGUGUCCCUAGAGGAUGUGCUGCUGUUUGCUACAGGGCUCGCAUCACUUCCACCUGCUGGAAUAACAUCACUACCAUGCAGAGUUCUUACCAAAUUCGCCAUUCCCUAUGUCAAACACCUGUGCAACACCAUUCCCUAUGUCAAACACCUGUGCAACACCAUUCCCUAUGUCAAACACCUGUGCAAAUGCCCUAAAGCUCCCUUUCCUUGAGACCUACAGUGUCUUUAAGACAAACAUGGAGUUUAGCUUACAUAAUUCUCCAUGCUUUGGGUGCAUUUAAUGCUGUGCCAAGUCUGGAUUUUGCCCAGUCUUAAACCUGCUGUUUAUAAAGCAUAAAAGAGUGCAUGCUCAGUUCAAAGUAUUUGAAUGUGUAUUAUUUCUGUUCAUUACUUUGUUAAAAGAAAAAUCACAGAACAAAUGUUAAGUACAGGUCACAUUACAAGUAACAGUAAUAUUGUACUCAGCUAAAAUGUAUGUAGUUUCACAUUUGAAACAGUGUAUAACAUGUUGUGCUUGUAAACAAUACCUCUUGAAAAGAACCACGUUUCUUUGGUUGUUCAGACCUACAAUUGACACACAGUUAACUCGAUGGUGAAUCAGAAAAUAAACAAAUAUAGUUUGGGAGUUACAUUUGAGUUUAAUGUAUGUCUCCACUCUGGUAUGACACUGCAUAUACUGAACUCCACUUGCCAAACAUGAUACUCAAACAGCUAAGCCACAUUUGAGAAUGUUUUCCUUUAACAUCUGGCCUUUAAGAGUGGGCUGCAGUAGACCAUAUUUAUAGGCCAGCUAUUUCUUUCAAGGUGACAUAUAGUUCUGAGGCUGACUCCCAAUCAUGUGGCUGCUGUAAUCCAUUUCGCUCAACAGUCUGUUGAAGAUAAUCCUGGAUGUCUGGAUCACUGCAUGAAUGAAGAGUUUGCCUUGACUCUGGAAACGUAUCCAGUCCUUUGAACCAAACCUGCAUAGUGACACAAUAAUUAAUCAUAAAGGGAAAACAUGACUCCAAAUCCAAAUGUAUUUCCAAUAAUAUGUGUGGUGCAAUUUAUGCUUUAAUACACAUUAUAUAUUUUUGUAAGAAUGGAUAUAGUCAAUUCAUUGUCAGUUGAUAUGAGAGGUAAGAGAUAGAGUUCGUCUGGAGUUCCCCCAGGACAUGAUGCAUGUCUGGAGAGUCUAAUCCUGUGCUUAUUCCAGAGGUCUGUGCUCUCAUCCAGGUCUUUUUGCAGAACAUUACUGAAGCAGAAUCUCAAUAAGUCCUGAUGUUCAUGGCUGCCAUUAAAGUGUCCAGAGUCUAUCAAGUCUCCAAACAGGUCCAUCCAAAAUUGAGCCCUAGGAAUACAAUUGAAAGUUAGGCUACUUAUUUUACACAAGAGCACAAGAUUAUAACUAUUGAAUAACUAUAUAAAGUAAAGUAGGCUACAACAAAACACAUUAAUGUUGCUGCUGCCAAUAUCAGCAAAAUAAAUCUGAUAGUGUGAAUGCAUAAGUGGAAAGGCACUGCAUGACCCCUCAAUAAUGCAUGAGUGGAUAUGACUGCAGCAGAGGGCAGCACCUGUCAAUUAGGCUACCUGAUAUCUCAGAAACACAAGGAGAGUGAGCGCUGUCAGACACAAAAUGAUUAACACAUAACAGGAAGAUAUUUCUAUGGUCUGUUGUGCUAAAAAGUGAUUUCAGUAAAGAUACAUUGUCCAGUUUUAUGUGGCCAGCUGCUUUUAUCAGGAUGAUAAUAUGCAAAUAUACAUAACUAUAUGUCUGUGGUAACAGCAAAUACAUAUUGGACCUUUUUGAAAGGUCUUUUUGAAACUUUAUUGUUACCUAAUUCAGUCGAAUUUGCAGUUUAUAGCGUGAUCAGGCAUGACAUUAACGUGAUUACCAUCUACUAUUGUAUGUUCAUUUGGGAAAGAUUAGAGCCCACCCAGACUGUUUUACCUGCUGAAAUACUUUUUUAUUUGACUGAAAUCACUUUUUGGCAGAUGAACACUUUUUGCUGUAACACAAUUACACUUAUAUGCGGCCGCAGUCUGUAUGCUCGUGUCUGAGGGUACACUGUAUUGCAGCCAUGGUGCCAUUAUCAGUCCCAUGGUCUGUAGUGUUCUCGCAUCCGUUCCUUGUGGAUUUAAUUGCUUCAGCAGUCUCAUCACUGUGUGUCGUUUAAUACCUAGCUUGUGUUUUUGCUGUACUUGCCACAUAGUCCGAUAGCCGAAUAGUUGCCCUGGUCCACGCAGCUCUGUAAGGAUGGCACGUCUCACCUCAUCCAGUUGUGAAUAGUUUUUCCUUCUGUACAAACUUGCUUCUCUCAAACGUGACUUCAAAGUGCGUAUACUCAUCCUCAUCAUCUGUCCAAUCAGGAGGUUCCGUCCUCUGCUAGAUAGGCCCUACCUUUUCCGUUAGAAGUUAAUGUCAUUGUGUUUCAUGAUUGGUUGAAGUGUAUUCGUAUUUGCUGUUGUGUUUUCCUAUAUGCCGUUGUGUUUCAUGAUUUGUUGUUGUGUUUUCCUAUGCUUCAGGGCCACCGUAGUACCUAUGCUUUGUUAGUAGGAAAACCUGCAAAUGCGCCAGUGUCUCAAAAACUUGUUCUCCCCACUGUACCAACAUUUACAACACUGCACAUCUACAAACACAUUUUUAGAAGUGUCAAGCUAAACUCCAAACACCGGUUCCCCUGUCUGCUAAUACACCGGUUCCCCUGUCUACUAAUACACCGGUUCCCCUGUCUGCUAAUACACCGGUUCCCCUGUCUACUAAUACACCGGUUCCCCUGUCUACUAAUACACCGGUUCCCCUGUCUGCUAAUACACCGGUUCCCCUGUCUGCUAAUACACCGGUUCCCCUGUCUGCUAAUACACCGGUUCCCCUGUCUACUAAUACACCGGUUCCCCUGUCUACUAAUACACCGGUUCCCCUGUCUACUAAUACACCAGUUCCACUGUCUACUAAUACACCGGUUCCCCUGUCUACUAAUACACCGGUUCCCCUGUCUACUAAUACACCGGUUCCCCCUUACACUAACACACUGGUUUGU